AUGGUUAUAUCUAAAGUAGAUUCCCACUUGUAUGUGGGCGACCUUUAUACAGCUCAUUGUCUGUUUGAUCAUGUGCGUCAGCCUAUCACUCCUGAUUCGGAUAGCGAAAUUGAAGUUAAUGAAGCCGAAUAUAAUAUCAAGGGUGUGAUAACAGCCUGCUUCGAUACACCUGAUUGGUGCAACAGGUCAGAUGAAUGUACUUAUCAGAGUCCGGCCUUCUCACAUUUAGUGAAAUCUCCACAUUGCGAUCGAAGUUAUAUCGACCUCCACGUGGAUCGCAUUAAAAACCGUCCAGAUGUUAAAAGCGACUCAGAUGAUUCGAAAGAACAUGUAAAUAGUUUUGUCUUGCAUAUGGUGAUAAAUGCGGAGGACUCCUCUAACGAACGUCUAUUCAGGGCAUUCCCGUUUACAUAUGAUUUUGUGGAAGCUGUGCACAACAUGGAAGAUGGAAACACCUUUAUUCAUUGGUAA